UUCCAAAUGGAAAAUCAUAUGUUAGUCCAUAAGAGUUUUCGGUUUUGAUGUUUACACUUUUCUCUUCAAUUUCUAUCCACUCAUUUGUCUCCAGAUAAUCAAAUUUAUUUUCUCUUUAAACUGAUCGACCAAUUAAUCAACAUCAUUAACAGUAUUCGAUUGUGAAAGUUAAAUCAUUUUCUUUAAUCAUCAAACAAUUGUGAUUACAUUUCUCUUAACCUUCAUCCUAUCUGCUCAUCAAAGACUCUCAACAAGAAGCAUUUGUUGUUGUUUUUGUUUAUUUUCUUUGAUCACAAUUAAUUUGGAUUUCCACUCAAUUUAUAUUACACAGGAAAGCAAAUAUAUAUUUAAUCUAAUUACUAAUCUCUAAUUGAUUCUCUCUAUCCCUGGUAACAAUGGUUAAUUUAAAUGACUCUGGUGACCUUGCCAAUAAAUCCGUUACCAGAUCGGAGGCUAUCAAGCAAUAUUAUGCUACCAUUUUGUGUCAAACCUUUUCCCAUGAUGGAAAAUAUUUAAUUGCUUCCCUUAAAAGUGGUAAAUUAGCUUUAUUUGGAAUCUCCAGAAUAUUUGAUUCACAUGAGAAUCAACCUUGUUCGGACAAAUCAAUCUAUCAACCAAGUAUCUCAAUACAAGCUCAUAAAGAUGCGAUCUAUGGUUUAACCGGGAAUAAAAGUUUAAUCUUGACCGGUGGUAAAGGUGAAAUCAAAUGCUGGAAAUGGUCAGAUUUGGUUAAUCAAAACACAAUUGAAUCUCAAUGGUCCAUAACCCUUGCUCAUGGUGAUUCAAUAUUACGUCCAGAGAUUAAUUCACUUGUUUUAUGUGGAAACGAUGAAACUGAUGAGCUGCUACUCGCUGGAUGUGGUAAUAAUAAGAUUUACGGUUAUGAUCUGGAAUCAAAUCAACCCAGAUUAACCCUUGAUGGUCACACUGAUUAUAUUAAUUGUCUCGCUUAUUCCAAACAAUCAAAUAUCCUUUUCUCUGGAAGUGAAGAUGGUUCAGUUUGCCUAUGGGAUUUGAGAAUUGGUAAAACUGUUAACACAAUUGAACCUUAUAAACACAAUGAGCUAAAUCGACCCUUCGGUAAAUGGAUUGGCAGUAUUGCGCUGGACAAUUCGUCAGAGUGGAUGGUUUGUGGUGGAGGUCCACAUUUAAGUAGUUGGCAUUUGAGGUCACUUUCACGAGGAGUCGUUUUUGAAAGUUCCUCUUGCGAUGUUACAUCACAAGUUGCCCUUAUUCACAAUGAUUACGUUGUUUCCGGUGGAAGUUCAUCCCAAGUGUCAACCUGGAGUUUAAAUGGUAAAAUUUUUUCCGAAAUUCCCUGUGAACCAUUUCACGUUUAUAGUAUUGCGAUUCACGAGAAAGAUCAAAAAUCGCUAAUGGCAAUCGGUGGGUCGAGUUACAAGAUUAACAUUUGCACCAAUUUCAAGUACAACGAUUUUCACUUGGAAGUUUUUUAAUCAUCGCCUAAUUUUAAGUACAUUUUCCAAUCGAAACACUUAAUUGCUGAAUCAAUUUACGCUUCACAAGUGAACAAGACAAAAUUUUCAUCAUCAGAAAAUGAUUAAUUCUUUUUUUGCCUCUCACAAUCAACUAAUCCAUUUCAUCUUUACAUCUUCUUGCCACUUUCACAACAUUAAUGUAAAAAGAGAUUCAUUUUUUGCAGAACAAAAAAAACCACAACAACAACAAUAGAUUAAUUGUAUUUGACAAUUAGUCUUUUUUUUUGUGAUUAAAAUUUAUUAUUUACAAUGAG